GAGAGGGGCGGGGGAAGGGGAGGAGGAGGGGGCGGAGGAAACAGGCACCAACAUGGCGGCUCCGUCUUAACUUUCCCCCUUUCGGCAGAGCCGCUGCCGCCUCCUUCCCUCCCUCCUUCCCUCCGAGGCCUGCCUCAGGCGCCGUCAUGCCGGGCAUGAUGGAGAAGGGAGCCGAGCUGCUGGGGGCCGCCAAGAGCAGGGCAGGCCCCAACGGCACCAAGAACGGAGCAGCAGGAGCAGGAGGCGGAGGAGGAGGCGCAGGCAGCCCCGGCUCCAACGGGCACUUCUCCGAGCCUGAAGCGGGCGGUGGUGCUGGCGGAGGAGGAGGAGGAGGAGGGGACAGCGGCGACGAGCACGAUGUAGGAAUGAGGGUCGGAGCAGACUAUCAAGCUCGCAUCCCAGACUUUGAUCCUGGAGCUACAAAAUACACAGAUAAAGACAAUGGAGGAAUGCUUGUAUGGUCUCCAUAUCAUAGUAUUUCUGAUGCCAAAUUGGAUGAAUACAUUGCAAUAGCAAAAGAAAAACAUGGCUACAAUGUGGAACAGGCACUUGGUAUGUUAUUCUGGCAUAAGCACAACAUUGAGAAGUCCCUUGCAGAUCUCCCAAAUUUUACCCCUUUUCCGGAUGAGUGGACAGUUGAAGAUAAAGUCCUUUUUGAACAAGCCUUCAGUUUCCAUGGGAAAAGCUUUCACAGAAUCCAACAAAUGCUUCCAGACAAGACUAUUGCCAGCCUAGUAAAAUAUUACUACUCCUGGAAGAAAACCCGUUCUAGGACAAGUUUAAUGGACCGCCAGGCUAGGAAAUUGGCUAAUAGAAAUAAUCAAGGUGACAGUGAUGAUGAUGUGGAAGAAUCACAUCCAAUGGAUGGAAAUGAUAGUGAUUAUGACCCCAAGAAGGAAACUAAAAAAGAGGGAACUAAUGAACAACCUGUUCAAACUAGCAAAAUCGGAUUGGGCAGAAGAGAAUAUCAGAGUUUACAACAUCGUCAUCACUCCCAGCGUUCUAAAUGUCGUCCUCCCAAAGGCAUGUACUUAACGCAAGAAGACGUAGUAGCAGUUUCUUGUAGUCCCAAUGCAGCAAAUACACUUCUUAGGCAGUUGGAUAUGGAAUUAAUAUCGCUGAAGCGUCAGGUGCAGAAUGCUAAACAAGUUAAUAGUGCACUUAAGCAGAAAAUUGAAGGUGGCAUAGAAGAAUUCAAACCUCUUGAGUCAAAUCAAAAAAUCAAUGCUCGUUGGACAACAGAAGAACAGCUUCUUGCAGUUCAAGGUGUCCGCAAAUAUGGUAAAGAUUUUCAAGCUAUUGCUGAUGUAAUUGGCAACAAGACUGUUGGUCAAGUGAAGAACUUCUUUGUAAACUACAGGCGUCGGUUUAACUUAGAGGAGGUAUUGCAGGAGUGGGAAGCAGAACAAGGAACCCUGGCUUCUAAUGGUGAUGCCUCUGCUUUAGGGGAGGACACAAAAAAUACUAAUGUGCCAUCAGGAAAGAGCACUGAUGAAGAAGAUGAGGCUCCGGUUCCACCAACCCCUCAGUGCCUAGGGCCUUCUCCGCCUGUCCAGCCACCUGCUCCAACACCAGCAACCCCUGCAACCACAUUGAACCAGCCUCCUCCGUUACUUCGUCCCACCCUCCCAGCAGCUCCAGCUCUCCAUCGUCAGCCUCCGCCACUUCAGCAACAGGCUCGGUUUAUUCAGCCACGGCCAACCCUCAACCAACCCCCUCCGCCGCUUAUCCGCCCAGCUAAUUCCAUGCCUCCUCGUCUAAACCCAAGACCAGCAUUAUCUUCCACCGGUGGCCCACAGCCACCGUCGCUUAUUGGAAUCCAGACAGAAUCACAGUCACCUCUGCACUAAAGACGUAAGGCAGGAACUAUGGCAGACAGCAAAAUGGUAUCAGUGUCUAUUUUUCCUGAAGUAGGGAGGGGAGGGAAAGAAAACCUUUUCAUAGUAUUUAAGCCAGUCUUACGCAAAAGAGCAGUCUUACGCAAAAGAGAAAUUAAUGAAUGGCCAUCUGUAUGAAAGAAACUUCAUGCAGUAGAUUGUUACAGCAAAACCAUGUCUACGAUGUCAGCCUUUUUGGCACAGCUAAUGUCUUUAGAAAAGAAAAGGCUCCAUGCACUAAGACUUCAACUGAUUUUUACUCUUAUUUAUUUUAUAAAAUUAUUUCUAUUCAGCUACAUGGAAACCAACCAUCUGGAGAGGGUAAGAGUUUCAACUUCAGUUUUGAAGUGGGCUGUGUAAACCUGAUAUAUUGGGGAAAUUAUUUUUACAUUUUCCUAUGUUAGGAGCACAAGCAUUACAAACCUGCCAUUCAGAUUUUGACAGAUGAUCUAAUCAUACAUUUUUAGGCUCGUAUUUUCUAGAUUUCUUUAUAAAUUGUUUUCCUUCAGUAUACCUGUAGGAAACGUCUCAUAGAAGAUUUGCAAAACUAUGGUACAAAAUAGCUUAAACCUAUAUUUCUUGUCUUCUGAUACUGGAAGCAUGAUUUGCCAGUGCAAGAUCUGUGUUAAGCAAUGGAUGAGCCAGCAUCAUUGCUUUUAUGUCCAACAAAGAAAUUGCCGUCUUUUAAAAAUAAUCUUUGUAGUAUAACUUUUUAUCUGAAAUUUUAUUCUAUUAUCUAAUAUCUGGCAAUAAGGAUUAGCAAGGAAUGGCCUGCUUAAUUCUGCAGCUGCAACAUCAUUGUGGAAACAGUCAAAUGUUAAGAAUGGCAUUGUUUCAUUCUCAGGCUGUCUUAGGCCGUUUUUGGUUUUCCUUGCCAGAGCAUCCCCUAUUUCCCCUUUUUUAUUUGGUAUUAUAAAACAGAUACCAAAUCAUGCUUUACUUAAAUCAGGAAACAAUUGCAUCUCAGCAUUAGGUUGCUUAGCUUCAUUUUGAGUGAGAAAUGCAAAGCUAUUGAAGCCUUUUGCCUCCAUGAAAACAUGUGCAUUUCUCCUUUAGUGCCCAACUGACUUCUCCACUUUCUACAGAGUAGUGGUGUUUUAACAUUCAAAGUUUAAGGUGAUUUCAUGUGCAGCAAAGUUGUACCAACCUUUUAUGUACUGCAUUUCACAGUUUUGAGUGUCACAACUUUUAGACUUAGCCAUUAAAUGGAAUUAGCCAUUGACUUUCAAUUUUUAAUUUAAAAAAGAAAUCUUAUUUCAAUAGGUCUUCCUUUAGUUUGUAGUAUAUUACAUACAAUGUCCCUUUGUACUCUCUCUCUAGUCACGAUAUUUGAUUUUCAAUACUGGCUUUUCACAGGAAGAAAUGCAAUGCUGUCAUUUGCCAGAAUUCUUGGUACUUUAUGACGUUAGAACUUUGGUUCUAAGGUCAGCAUUAACCCUCUGAAUUUAUCCAUUCUCUCAAACCUGUUUGUACAUUUUGGCAUAACUCUUUAAAUACCAAACUAUUAACGAUGCAUUUUCAGUAUUUAAGUAUGUAGAUCAGGUCUCCCAGUGACUGUAUUGUCCUUUUUUGCUAACUUUUUGUCUUGUCUCUUGUCGCUAGAACUUCCGUAUACAGAAGGUUGGGUGCUGCCAUGCAGAUGGCAAUUUUAGACUAUCAAACCGUAACUGGGCAGUUGUGUUUUUGGGUGAGAUAGGUAUGUAGUGUAAUAUUGCUUUACAUACGCUAUGCCACAAAGUAACGAAAUGUUUAGCAUUUGUAGUACUGAAUAUGUACAUAGCAAAAUGUUGUCCUUUUAAAAAAAAAUUGUGUGCUUUCCAGAUUAUGUGCAUACAGCUUGCACGUCCUGUUUUGGGUAGGGGGUUGUGUUAAGCAGUGUUUUUUGCCUGGAAGAGUGAUAUGCUUGCUGCUUAAUCAAAGAAUUAAAGUUUCCAAGGAAUCUGUGUCUAUUUUUAUGUACAUUGUAAUGGUUUAAAACGUUUAGAGCCCGUAUACUGUGAUUCUCUUCUAAAUUCAUUUAUAUUUUUUUAAAGAUUAGAAAUAAAACUAUAUGAUUUUUCAUUUGAAAGGGGUUUUCCUUUUUUGCCAUGCUAUUAAAAAUCCAACUUGACUUUGUACUGUUGAUACAAACCAAAAUUCUAUUCAUUAUAGUUUACUUUUUGUCACUUUAUGAAAUGUAAAAUGUUGCACUCCCUUUAAGUUGGGCAGAGAAAAUAUUUCUUACAUUGGUUUUGACAAAUGUAACUUUACAGCUCCUUUUAUGUACAGUUUUUCAGUUACAAUAAAGAAAUAUAAAAACUUUUAA